UUGAAUUGGAUACCAAAAAUAAACACGAAAACCUUGUGGAAUUGUUAACCUUUUCUGAAAUGGACUACUAUUAUAUUCAUACCGGCGAGUAAGUUCCCAAUCUAGUUAUUUAAAUCUACAUUACAAAUGGAUUAAGAAGAUUAACUAAAAACAUACAGUCGCGCUCGUGCCCGCGCGCACUCGCUGAACCGCGCUCCUGAGCUCGCUAACAGGUGUUUCACUCACAUGGCCGUGUCCUGUGUGCUGUGACUGACUGCUUCGUUGAAUACUGCGAGACGUGUGUUCUGUCUUUGGGGGUCCAUUCUCUCCGUUAGUAACCGAAAUGGCUAGAUAGUGACAUUAUUUGGAGACAGAUGCGGUAAGGCUGCGGCGGACUGAAUGUAGAUUCAUUCAGAGGCUCUCCUUUUGAAGAAAAAUGUAACGAGAUGCAUGUAUCAUUACCUACGUAACUGUGUUUUGUCUCUUCAAAUUAUUACAACUCUUUACACGCGGAUCUGUCAUUCUGACUAACGAACAAUGGCGGCGACUUGUGUAUGAAGACUUGGAUGUGAGCUAUCAAGUUAAAGAUUUCCUUUAAGAAAUCCUGAUUUGGACGAGGUGGGGAAACGAAUUCCGUCCUCUGAAAGUUUUGGGUGUCACACCGUCAAACUGGCCAUGGCCGCGGCGAUCGCCAGCUCCCUUAUUCGGCAGAAGAGGCAGGCGAGGGAGCGUGAGAAAUCAAACGCCUGUCGCUGCGUGAGCAGUCCCAAUAAAACCAAAGGAACAUGCGAGAAACCCAGUCGACUGAGUGUUUUCUCCCGAGUCAAGCUUUUCGGGUCCAAGAAGCGCAGGAGGAGACGACCAGAGCCCCAGCUUAAGGGGAUCGUAACGAAGCUGUACAGUCGACAGGGCUUUCAUUUGCAGCUCCAAGCAGAUGGAACCAUUGACGGCACUAAAGAGGAGGACAGUGGUUUCACUAUGUUCAACCUCAUCCCAGUGGGCCUGCGAGUGGUGGCCAUCCAGGGAGUUCAGACUAAACUCUAUCUGGCCAUGAACAGCGAGGGCUACCUGUACACAUCAGAACACUUCACACCAGAGUGCAAGUUUAAGGAAUCAGUGUUUGAGAACUACUACGUGACAUACUCCUCCAUGAUCUACAGACAACAGCAGUCAGGCAGGGGCUGGUACCUGGGCCUGAACAAGGAAGGAGAGAUCAUGAAGGGUAACCAUGUGAAGAAAAACAAGCCAGCCGCACACUUCCUUCCCAAGCCUUUGAAAGUGGCCAUGUACAGAGAGCCCUCUCUGCAUGAUCUGACUGAGUUCUCACGUUCUGGCAGCGGCACACCCACAAAGAGCCGGAGUGCCUCAGCUGUGUUGAAUGGAGGCAAAGCUGUGAGCCAGCACGAGUCUACGUAGCCUGGUUCUCCCGGCCCGACCCACUACCUUACGCCUUCAUCAGAACCUCUAAAUGCUUGUGACUUCACACAGACGUUUCUCCAAAAGCUCUCAGCGGUUCAGGACAUGAUAACAUAAAACAUAACAUAACCUUGCAACACUUUCCAAAUUAGAGCAACAUUUGAUUGGGCUUUUUUACAUUCAUCUUUUUCCUUUGGAUUUUUUUUUUAGACUUUUCUUUCACCACUAUAAUAGCCUUUUGCAUACAAAAACACAAAAGUUGUAGCCUGUAAUAUGAUGGGGCAUUCCUUUUUAGUCCCUCUCAGCCACUGGCACCGAAUCGAGGUUAGGUUUACCUUCGCUUCUCAUCAGAGUUAAUUUAAUAGCAUUGUAGGUCCUGAUCAAGUAAUGCAUUUGUUAAGAGUUCAGGGCAGUAAGUGAGGGUUUAGCUGCUUGGGUGAGGUGGAAAAAAGGCACCCCUGUCCUCCAUGCUUCCUGAGUAAGUGAUAGAGAAGCCAUCACCUCCUGUGUGGGCCAGGCGCUAGCUCUCCUGCAUUCUAGUGCACUCGCUUAGAGGGUUCACUCUCUAGCAUGGGAAUAUAAAACCUGCAUUCUACUCACGUAAAGAGAGGAGUUGAGUUGAGUCUCUUAGAGCCAUGACUCCGCUCUGCUUGCUAAUUGUUUGAAUUAGAUGUGAGCAUUUUUCUUUACUUGUUUUCCCUCAUGUUCUUUCCCCAUAUAAGUGUUUUUUUUAAGGUUUUAACAGUGUCUGGGAGAUCCAGCACACCAAAGACAGAAUUAUGAAAUUCUGUCUUUGAAUUUUUAUUGGGGGGGGGGGGUUCAGUAUUCAAGGAAAUGCUUUAGCUGGAGCACUUUUUAACAUGUGGUUUGAUAGGGCUGUUCAGUCCAGUCUCCUCUUCUGUCUCAUUUGUUUCUUGUUGUCUCUUUCUAAGUUCCUUUAGUCUGUGUGCUUGUGUUUUUGCCUUUCCUACACAUGUCUACUCUCCUUUGGUCAAUGCUAGUCACCAUUACUGGUGAUUUUCUGAGACAUUGUGGGAUCCCACCUGGACUCUGUUUUGUGUAAGUAACUUAUGGUGGUGAUAAUUUUAUAUAUAAACACAGAAACAAAAGAGAUACUGUGGAAUUUCAGUUGGUUUAAAUUUUUUAGGGUAUGUCUUAUUUGUAAAAGUGAAAAAGAAAAAAAAAACAGUUCUUGUACAGGGCAUGUACAAAUCAGGUUGUGUAUAAUAAGGUCCCUUUUUGUGGGCGGCGAUAUGUAUACUGUACUUUCCCUCUGGCAACAUAACUUCAUACAUGCAUACAGGGGGCUCUUCUUUCUUCUGUUUCCUUCUGGAUUUUCUUAUUUUAGAUGAACAUACAGUAUCUGUUGCAUGGGAGACUGCAGGGAGGUGAGGAAUAGAGCUGCAUGAUAUAGGCUAUGUGUAUUAAAUUCCUCCUUGGAUCACAUGUUCCAAAUUACAAGGAUUCAACUGAAAAACAACAUGUAUGUACUGACUGGCACUCUGCCUGGUACCCUCAAGUUGUUUCUUAUUUGUUGUGUACAUAAAAUGCACUGAAUAAAAUGUUUAUAUUAAGAUAUA